AUGCAAUUGGGCGCUGAUCAUGGAGUUGGUGGCGGACAGAGAUUAACAAGACGUGCUAGAAACCGACGUCUCCGCAGAAAUUUCCAUCAAAUAACUAAUCUAUCUAUCUAUCUAUCUAUCUAUCUAUCUAUCUAUCUAUCUAUAUAUAUAUAUAUAUAUAUAUCUGAUAAUCGCGUUGUAGCAUGCAAAGGGCUCACACAUUUGACCGCAUUAUCUAUCUAUCUAUCUAUCUAUCUAUCUAUCUAUCUAUCUAUCUAUCUAUCUCAGUCUGUUCAUAUCACAGUAAUCAUAUCUAUCUAUCUAUCUAUCUAUCUAUCUAUCUAUCUAUCUAUCUAUCUAUCUCAGCCUGUUCAUAUCACAGUAAUCAUAUCUAUCUAUCUAUCUAUCUAUCUAUCUAUCUCAGUCUGUUCAUAUCACAGUAAUCAUAUCUAUCUAUCUAUCUAUCUAUCUAUCUAUCUAUCUAUAACUUGUUUCCUACUCACUGUCUUUGACAACGACAGAGGAUCGCUUAGUUCGCAUCGCAAAAGCAAAAUGGCUAACAGCGUUCGAAGCCGUGAUGGCGUUCCGAGAAGGUCAUCCUCCGCCAUGGCUGCGGUCGACUACAAGCAAUCCCGAACGGAAGCAUGCCUCUCUAUAAGACUAGCACUCUAUGCCGUUGACACCCUCACCCUAGCCACGCGAACUGCGUCCUGUGAGUUUGAAGUGAACAUUCUUCAACUGAAAGCCUGGCGCGGCGUGCAGGCAUUGUUGAAGCCACUGAAGCUAUCUUUUCAGUCCGACGCGGCGCUUUCCGGGCAGCUGAGCUCGAAGCCAUCCGUGAAAGACGCAACGAAGUCUGUUCAGGGGUUUAACUCUUCCUCGCGGCUCAAGCAGCGGAGGCAGCUGCCGUUCGCCGUCUUAAAAGUUUCCUCCAUUUAG